UUUUACGUCCAAGCAGCUGUCAGGCGGCCCCAAACCGCUUUUAUACCCCCCAUCAUUAAUUUGAUUGGCUCCACCGGUAGCCAAUCACAGCAGACAGGUGCGCCGCCACCAACCCCCCCACGCCAAAAUCAAAUAUUGAAUGUAUAAUUUUUCAAUGACAAAACAUUCUAAUGUCGUAGGCAUGUGUGCAAUGUUUAAUUUUCUUAGUGCACUAUAGUGAAUUUACUGUGCAUUCUAAUAAAUUAUUGCUUGUAUGUUUUUUUUUUUUUUAAAUUGCAUUUGGAUGUAGAAAAGAGUGAACAAAAAUAGAGAGAAAGACCAAAAAAAACCAAAAAAAACUGAUGUUGACAUUUUGCCUCAGGCUACAAGUUUACCACCAUCCUCCUCAUCAUCUUCAUCCUCCCAUUAUUAUUUGCUUGCUUUUGUCCUGCACGUGCUCCCUCUCCUCCCCUUCCUCCCCCCUUCUUUCGCCAUCAUCCUCAUCAUCAUCAUCCCCCCCACACCGGCUCAGCUUGUUGUCACUCACUCAGGCGGCAGAACAGACGGCAGCGGCAGCAGCGGCAGCAGCGGCAGCAGCAGCAGACCCUGCACAGACGCUAAUCCUGGUGGCGCACCCCACCCGAAAGCCUCCCCCGCUGCACAACACAAGCCAACACAACCCGGGAAACGGAGCGUACCGGACCCACCUGUGCAAAUGGACGUACAACUUGGAUAAUUUCAAGCGGAGGAGAAAGAGGAGGAGGAGGAGGGAGCAAGGAGAACCUUGUGCAUCAUCAUGAAGAAGAUGAGGGUGUCGGUGAUGUAGCAGGUGCUGCAGCCUGGUGCCGCAUUGCUUGCUUGGCCUCCUCCGUGGGGGGAGAAGGUGAUGUCGUCAUCUCACACACGCACGCACACGCACGCGUACGUACGUACGGUUCUGCCAUGGCGCCAAGCAGCAGCAGCAGCAGCAUCUCAGAAAUGUUGGACGUUCGGCGGUAACCGGCACACACGCGUUCAGGCCGGCGUCCCGACCUGCAGAAGAAGGAGAAGAAGAGUCUCGGUGAGGGAAUAUCGCGACCGGGCUCCCGCUGAGAUGACUCACCUGCAGGCCGGCUUGUCGGCGGCCACCCUGGAGAAGGCCAAAGCGGAACUGAAGGAAAACCCGGAGACGCUCCACCAGGACAUCCAGGAGGUGCGCGACAUGAUCAUCACCCGGCCGGACAUCGGCUUCCUGCGCACGGACGACGCCUUCAUCCUCAGGUUCCUGCGGGCCAGGAAGUUUAAUCACUUUGAGGCCUUCAGAUUGCUGGCCCAGUACUUUGAGUACAGACAGCAGAACCUGGACAUGUUCAAGAACCUGAAGGCCACCGACCCCGGAAUUAAGCAGGCGCUCAAGGACGGAUUCCCCGGCGUGCUGGCCAACCUGGACCGGCACGGGAGGAAGAUCUUGCUCCUCUUCGCCGCCAACUGGGACCAGAGCAGGUACAUGUUUGUGGACAUCCUGAGGUCCAUCCUGCUGUCCUUGGAGUCCAUGAUCGAGGACGCCGAGCUGCAGGUGAACGGCUUCAUCCUGGUCAUCGACUGGAGCAACUUCACCUUCAAGCAAGCCUCCAAGCUCACGCCCAGCAUGCUCAGGCUCGCCAUCGAGGGGCUGCAGGACAGUUUUCCCGCGCGCUUUGGAGGAAUCCACUUUGUGAACCAGCCAUGGUACAUCCACGCCCUCUACACCGUCAUCAGGCCCUUCCUUAAGGACAAGACCAGGAAGCGGAUCUUCAUGCACGGCAACAACCUGACCAGCCUCCACCAGCUGCUGCAUCCGGAGAUCCUGCCGUCAGAGCUGGGCGGGAUGAUGCCGCCGUACGACAUGGGCACCUGGGCCAGGGCCCUGCUGGAUCACGCCUACGACGAGGACGCCGAAACGGACGCGGGACCUGACGGAGGACCGGAGGCCUACGCGGUCUCUGUGCAGGACCUGCACAGAGAUCUGGACAAAGACCUCUCGCCAAAAAACAUGAAGAGGUCCCAGUCGGUGGUGGAGCCCGGCGUCCUAAAGCGACCUGACAAGGCCAAAUGCGACGAGGACAACAUGCAACCGCUGCUCUCGCUGGACUAAAAACAAGCUGAGAAAAAAAAAGCCACUCGGAACCUUCCGGAAAUCCAUUGCGAGCGUCUCUGUGUGGAAUGCCUCAGAGAGAGAUUUCUUCCACUUCCGACUUCCUGGUGGACUUCCGUGUUUCCUUGUCAAGUGCCAUGUCCGCAAAAGUCUGACUUGGACUUAAUAUUGAUUGUCUUCGAACGAUUCCCGCACCCAAUCGGCGCCACAAGCGACGGGACAAACGGACAUUUGGAUGCGAGCUUUUCUGACAUCUUUGAACCAGGAGUGCGACGGCUCUGGACGAGUAAGAUGGACAUCGAGACGGACCGGAAAACAUCCCUUUAUGGAAAAACACUAAUGACCAAUAUUUUGGUUUGCUUCUGAUCAAUAUCUCGCAUAACAUCAACCUCCAUUUUGAUUUUUGAUGACAGCAACCUCUAGCAGACAACGUCACAUGACCCAAAUACUGUAUGUCAUCAGUGUUUAUAUCCCGCCAUAUUGAUUAACUACUAAAUCAUUAACAACAAAAGUAUUACUAAUAGUAAUAAUUAUCCAUUAGACUGAAAGUAUGUUUUUUUCUUUUAGCAUUAGCACCAAAGCUAGUUACUGCUGUGACGCUAAAUCAAACUAAAACGUAGAACAUACUCCUUGUACAUUAUGAACAUCUUAUUUGUGAUUUCUUUGUAGUUUUAAUCCAGUCCAAAAUGCUAGCGUCCGUACCGUGGCACGUGCUAGCUAUGCAAAGCUAAGAUAGCUAUGCGAAAAAGUCCAAAUGGCAUCUACACGCAAAAUUUUGAAUAAACAAAGAUAAAAUGUUGCACGUACAUACAUUAUGAAGAUAUUCAUGAUAUUAUGUAGUUUUAAUGCAGAUUAAAUCAAUAGGCAGACGUACCGCAAAAAAACGAUUCAAAUGUAGCUCAGCGAAAAAGUCUAAAUAGCAUCUACAUGUACAAUUCUGAAAAAAACACAGCUAGAAUCUAGUAACUACUACUCCUACUUCAUAAUUAUCCAUCCACCCAUUUAUUUGGGAUACCUUUAUAAAAAUCCUGCUGAAAUUAUACAUAAAUUCUAAAAUUGCUUUUAAACUAAACUAAACCAACACUCAAAUGAUAAUCUAUGUUCCAUGGCUAGUAAUAGCGCAACAGAAAAAGUCCCAAAUCCAUCCAUUUUCUAAGCCGCUUAUCCUCACAAGGGUCGCGGGAAUGCUGGAGCCUAUCCCAGCUAUCAUCGGGCUGGAGGCGGGGUACACCCUGAACCGGUUGCCAGCCGAUCGCAGGGCACACAUAAACAAACAACCAUUCGCACCUACGGCAAUUUGGAGUCUUCAAUUAACCUACCGUGGGAGGCAACCGGACUGCCCGGAGAAAAAAAACCCUGCAGGCACGGGGAGAACAUGCAAACUCCACACAGGCGGGGCCGGGAUUUGAACCCCGGUCCUCAGAACUGUGGGGCAGACGCUCCAACCAGUCGUCCACCGUGCCGCUAAGUCCCAAGUCUAAAAUUCUAAAUAAAUGCAACUAAAAUGUAGUACGUGCUCGUACAUCAUAAACAAAGCACUUAUGUACUCUUUGUAUUUUCGUCGAGGAAAAAAAAUGUGCCGUACCGUAAAGUUCGGUGGCGCGUGCUCGCUAAAGUGACAAAUUCGGAAUGGCGUUUGUGCGUACAAAUUCUAAAUUUUGCCUAGCAACUGUUCAGUUUUGCGAGUGCUUUUGUCAAUGGAGUGAUGCUAGCAGCUAAUUAAGUUUUGAAGCUAACUAACCCACUAGGCUAAGUUAACAAUUUAUUUAAUGUACAUAAAACAUCUGGUAAAAAUCUCAAAUAGGAGCUUGUUUUAGUUCUACAAUAUUUUACACGCUGAAAUCAGUAUAUUUAGUUUCGUAAAUUCUAGCAUCAGCCGCUAACAUAGCGCCCUCUAGCUAGGCUACAUGUUAGCGUAAUUUCCACAUUUCCUAACCAAUUCCAACUAUUCAAAUGUCAAAAUAUUGACAAAAUCCAUGACCAUUUUUACACAUUGCAAAAAUUCCCACCUUUCCCAAAAAUUCCACAUUUUCCAUGUAAAUAAUUCCCAUUCAAAUGAAUAGAAACAUUUCCCAAAUGUAACGCAUCAUUCCAUAUUUAGCUACGUAUUCAACUGAUUCAAACCAUUCCAACUUAAAACUCUUCAGCUCAUUUAGGACAUUUUGAGGACCAUUUUUUUAACAUUCCCAAAAUGUCCACAUUUUUCAGUAUUCUACAUUUUCCAUGACAACAUUCACUAAUCAAUGCAGAUAUUUUACAUCACGUCAUUUGAAUUUAGCUUCUUUUUUUUUUCUCAAUUCCACAUUUCAGUCCAGUGUCAGCUCUUCAGCGUUUACACAGAAUUUCUACAGAAACUGCACAUUCUAGUUUCUAGUCAUCUUUCACCCGAAACAAAGAAAAAUUCAAUGUAUGUAUGUAAAGAAAGACAGGAAACACACUUUUAUUCCAAAUGAAAACACUUUAUCACCUCACAGUGACUAUUAUUUAUUUACUUGCAGUAUUUGACACAAGUGUUUGUUUAAGAAAUGUAAUGACAAUUAUUUGAAUAGUUCAGCAUUUCGAAUGUUCUCUGUGACAUUGUCCAUUCACAGUAGUAUUAAAAUGGUUAUUUUUUAAAAAAAUCAUUUGCUGCAACAAACCAGCAUCGUCGGCAGCUAUUUUGUUCUUCAUCUGACUUAAGUGAGUCACUUUUUUUUUUGCUGUAGAACAAAAACAAUUUUGGGGAACAAUUAGCGUUCCAUUUAAAUGAUAUUAUUUUAUUUUUUUAUGUCUUCCACAUGCACAGGAAAUCAUCGGAAUUGUGAUUGUUUAUAGACACGAGCAAAUCAUAUUUUCACACACUUUUUAUUUGUCUUUUAAUAGUCUUGACAGAGAUAAUAAUGCUCACUUUUGCUUGACACGUGUCAAGAAAUUUAAAUAUUAGAAAUGUAUAAAAGUACUUUUACAAGCACAACAACAAUAAUAAGCAUAUUGUUAAAUUAUUAUCUCUCUGACAGUGUCAAUCAAAAGUCAGCGUUAAUAUUUCUGUAUUGGAUGUCAGCUGACAGUGUACCUAAUGAAAUGGCCGGCAGGGACCAACUGUCAUAAUAUUAUUUAUUACAUUAUGAGCUAUUGCAGUUAUUAUUGCUCACUGUGUGUCAUAUAUUAUUUUGUUGUAAAAGCUGCAUGCAGCCAUUAAGUGUUAUUAUUAUGAUUAUGAUUAAUAUUCUGCACUGACAUAAUGUUUGUUUAUCUCUGCCAAAGUCAACAAACAGGUUAUGUAUUAUUAUUUUUUUUUAAAUAAUCCUGAAGUGUUUUGAGCUUUCAGGAUUCAGAAUGACGCUUUAUUUUAUCCAUCCGCUUAUCGUCACUGGGGUUGCGAAUGAGUUGGAGCCUAUCCCAGCUGACUUUGAGCGAGAGGCGAGGUACACCCUCAAAACUGGUUGCCAGCCAAUUGCAGGGCAAAUAUAGAAAAAAAAACACGCUGUUCACACUCGCGUUCACAACUACAGACAAUUUCACGUCAGAUCAAAGCAAAGCGACGUCCGGUGAGCUAGCGUUAGCGCCCUGUUCAAGUGUGUUGAAAAAUUGUCGAGGUGUAAAAAUAAAGGUGGACGCACUUUGUCACACACUGCCUCAAUUUCAACUCUUUUUUAAAAAAAGAUGAUGGUCACUGUAUUUCCUUAAUAAUGAAGAAAUUAAAUACCUAACUGAUUUGAGCUGUGUUGCUAACCAAAACAGCAGAUUGUGACACGAUGUUGUGUGUAUGGUUAUGUUCCAUGAGGGAGCUACACCACUUUAGACUCCACUUUUAUACAAUUAUUACUAUUAUUACUAUAGCUAUUGCAUAUUUUACCCCAAAAUAAAUGUACAAAAAGAAUGUCUCUUCUCGUCUGCAGUUGAGUAAUGUGGAAAUUGUGGCACCAAUAAAAUAUUUUGUUCAUUGUU